CUCUCCAGAUUUUAUUUUGUCAUCUUUCAACGCAUAUGCGAAAAGGUUCAAAAAAUCAUGCGGACUUCUUAAUUUCUAAAAUUAUGAAAUAUGCGAAUUUACAGUCUUGUUUGCUUAAUAUAAAUAAUUGCUUAUAAGUAUUUUCUUGUUUAAUUGAGAUACAGACGAGAAGGGAAAGUAAGAUACAUCCAUUCAUGUUGCGGCCGCAACUGUGAAAAGCAGUUUCUGCCCAUCGAAACGAAUAGUUAAAGAGAAUUAUGAACUUCAACUUCUCCUUUUCGAUAAUGGAAUUUUAUUGGAUGGAAAAAACAGCUGUGUUUAUUUUCGUUUUUGAGUGAGUAUUCGGAAUGAAGUGAGGGAAGCGGCGCCUUCGUUUUGUUUCAUGUUUAAAUUUAUGAUAUAAUGGAGAAGAAGUCCUUUAAAAAUAAAACUUUCAGCAGACAAAAUGAUUCUUGCAAGGAGAAGCUGGAGCUCUUAGAAGAAAAAUUUCAAAAAAUGAAAGAGAUUUUAAAGCAAGUAUUGAAAGACUUGAAAAAUGAGAAAACCCAAACUGAAAUUCUUCAAGCAGAGUGUACCAAAUUAGCUGCAGAGGUUAGAGAAAAAGAUGAAUUACUUGAACGAAUGCAUUCUGUGUCUGAAGCUGUUGUUGAUGAAUUUAGUGCUUUGAAGGUAAAAUGUGAUAUGGAAACUGAAGCUGCUAAUAUGGCUAUUAAAAGGGCAACUAGAUAUUUUCAAGAAAAUCAAAUGUUACGAAGCAAUCCAGCUUGUGAAACCUCUUUUACGGUGGAGAAUAAAAUGAAUGGUACUAGUGAUUGUGAUGGUUGUGAAAAUGAGUCUGAACUUGAAAUUUUGAAUGACUUUAAUUCAAGUUUAAGGACAGAAAUUGCAGAGUUAAAAACAAAGUUAAACAAAGAAAUUGAAAAGCAAACCUUUUUGAAGGAAGACUUUGAAAUUGCAAAAAAAUUAUAUGAACAAGAAAUGAGAGAGCAUAAAUGUACUACAGAAAAAUUGAAAUCUCUGGAAGUGCUUUAUGACUCUGUUGUAAGAGCUAUAGAUUCACAGAUUACAUCUGAUGAUUCAAGUUUAGAAAAAAAUCUUUAUCAAAUAAGCUGUAAUACAGAAAUCUGUGAUGGGAACAAUCAGAACUCUAAAGAUGAAAAUUCUGUUACACGAGAUGUAGCAGCAACUUUGACCAUCAUAGAGAAACAAAAAAAUGUUCUUCGUAGCAGAAUCAGGGAACUUGAACGGCAAAUUUUGAAUAUAAAAUUAAAUGUUCCUGUAGAUCAAUCAUUAUCUAUCCCUCCACCACCACCUCCACCCCCACCACCCUCUUUUAAUCCUAUAAAAUCUUUAAUAACAUUUAUUAAUGCUUCAAAAAAGCCAUCUAGAAAAAUAUCAGUGCCUUGUCAAGAAGGUGUUGACAAUGAGCAUCAAAAGGCAAUGAAUGAGAUGAUAAAUGCUAUUAAAAAGGGAAAUAUUCAUUUGAAGCCUGUGCCAAAAAUUCAAUCAAAAACAGAAGCAAAUUCAUCUGAACCAGUAGCAUUGGUUGAAAUGAAAAACAUUCUGCAAACUCUGAAAAAAAGAAAUUGUGAUCUUAAAGCACAAACAGAAACAAAAUUUUCUACAGAGGAAAUCCUUGAAAAAGAAAGCUGUAGUUUUUCUAAUGGUGAUAACAAUGUGCCAUGCAUUCCUAAUCCUUACCAAGAACAUUCAAAUACUGUCAAUUCUGAUAGCGAUGAUAGCUAUUCGAAAGAAAUGGAGAACUAUUCAAAAGAUGAUAAUUCAAGUUUACCAAUCAUUUCACCUUCCUUUUGUGAUUCUAAUGGAAAUGAGUUCAAAUACACAGAAGUGUCACCAUGCAGUACUAAUGUGGAUGAUGAUGAUAAAGAUGACUGUGUAAUGAUUAUUUAAAAAUUAUCAUGUUUCUAAAAUGUUUUGUAAUUGUGAUUAUUUUAUUAAGUGCAAUCAGUUUUAAAGUUUAAUCAAUGAGUGUUUUUGCACAUUU